ACUAUUCCUUCUUCAUUUUUUCUUUUUAAAUAACAGAGAGAAAAAAAAUAUAUAUAUAUUAACAAUUCAAUAUUUCCGAGAACGAAAGCAGUGAUUCUCUGUAUUCCUUAACAGGUUUCAGAGAUUCACCGUCUUCAUCUUCUUCGGAAUCAGUUUUCUGUAAAAAGCUCAGCUUUACCCAGAAAAGGAACCAUUUUUCUGUAUUUUUUGCAUGGAUUUUUAGUAUUAUACAUUUAUAUAUAUGUACAAUAUUUAAUUCGAAUUUUUAGUCUUUGAUUUGUUAAAAAAGUUGGGAUUUUUCGAAAUGGGUUCUUCUCAAAUUGAUGGAAGAAUGGAGGGUUGGUUGUAUCUCAUUAGGUCCAAUCGGUUUGGGUUGCAGUACUCAAGGAAACGGUAUUUUGUUCUUGAAGAUCACCAUCUCAGGAGUUUUAAGUCAGUUCCUUCUUCAAAUGAUGAGGAACCUGUUAAAAGUGCUAUUAUUGAUUCUUGCAUUCGCGUCAUGGACAAUGGUCGGGAAAGCAUUCAUCGAAAAGUCUUCUUCAUAUUCACUUUGUACAAUACCUCCAAUCACAACGACCAACUUAAGUUGGGAGCAAGUUGUCCCGAAGAAGCAGCACGGUGGAUUCAUUCAUUUCAAGAAGCAGCUUUAAAGGGUGGUCCAGAACUAGUUGAUGAUGUUUUGAACUGUUCAAAGAGAAGAUGGCAAUCAUUUAGAUUGGGUGGACCGAGCAAGACUAGUCCUAUUAAUGCGAUAGAUUGGACUAUUUGUUCUACACAUACAGAUCCUAUGACAUCAGAUGUUAUCGCGCCUUCUCCAUGGACAAUUUUCGGAUGUCAAAAUGGUUUACGAUUGUUUAAAGAAGCAAAGGAUAGAGACUCUCAUGGAAAGUGGGACGAUCAUCCUGCUAUAAUGGCGGUGGGUGUUGUUGAUGGAACGUCAGAAGCCAUCUUUCAAACACUUAUGUCUCUUGGUCCCUCAAGAUCACAGUGGGAUUUCUGUUUCCACAAGGGCAGUGUGGUUGAACACCUUGAUGGCCAUACCGAUAUUAUUCACAAGCAGUUGUAUAGUGAUUGGUUACCAUGGGGAAUGCAACGGAGAGAUCUAUUAUUGCGGCGUUAUUGGAGAAGGGAAGAGGAUGGAACAUACGUUAUUCUCUAUCAUUCCGUAUAUCACAAGAAAUGUCCGCCUCAGAAAGGCUACGUUCGUGCCUGCCUUAAAAGUGGAGGAUAUGUUAUAUCGCCGGUGAAUCAAGGGAAACAAUCAGUUGUAAAACACAUGCUUGCUAUUGAUUGGAAAUUCUGGAAAUCGUAUAUUCGUAGCUCUUCAGCUAGAUCCAUAACAAUCCAAAUGCUCGGGAGAGUUGCCGCAUUGCGGGAAUUAUUUAAAGCUAAGCAAGGAUAUUCUUCAUCUGAAUUUUCAUCUGGAGAGUUGACAAUGAAUAACGGGUCGUGUCAUAAUGAGAUGGAGAACAGAUUUGAUGUUCAAACAACGACUAGAGAUGGAAGCAAUAAGGGAAAUAUAGCCGAAGAAGUAGAUAAAGCACCAUCAGAACAUGCUAGCCUUGUUAGCCUGAAUGAUGCUGCUGAUGAAUUCUUUGAUGUUCCAGAACCUUCGGAUUAUGAUCAGUCAGAAAAUGAUUGGGUGCCUGAUUUCGUUCCAGAGACAAAUUCGCAGGAUGCACGCCACCCAAAGUUAUCAACCGCUGCUGGUUUUGUGAAAAAAUUGCAUGAUCUUGCCGUUCAGAAGAGGGGCUAUGUAGACUUACAAGAUAUGACAAUGGAAGACAGUAACAGUAUUCCCUGCUGUUAUGGCUCAACUCUUCCGAAAGAUCCAACUUGUAAUUUGCCUUGCAGCUGGGCAACAACAGAUCCCUCUACUUUCCUAAUUCGGGGAAAGAGUUAUUUGGAAGACCGUCAGAAGGUUAAGGCGAAGGGCACCUUAAUGCAAAUGGUUGCUGCUGAUUGGUUAAGAUCUGACAAGCGUGAAGACGAUCUAGGAGGGCGUCCCGAAAGCAUUGUUCAGAAAUAUGCAGCACAAGGUGGAUCCGAAUUCUUCUUCAUUGUCAACAUACAGGUCCCGGGCUCGACAACUUAUAGCCUAGCGCUUUACUAUAUGAUGAAUACUCCGUUAGAAGAUUCACCGUUGCUAGAGAGUUUUGUCAAGGGGGAUGAUGCAUAUAGAAAUUCGAGGUUUAAGCUCAUACCGUAUAUAUCGAAGGGUUCAUGGAUUGUUAAGCAAAGUGUGGGAAAGAAAGCAUGUCUCAUUGGUCAAGCUCUUGAAAUGAACUAUUUUCAUGGGAAAAACUACUUGGAGCUCGGGAUCGAUAUUGGGUCAUCGACGGUUGCCAGGGGUGUAGUUAGUCUUGUUCUUGGGUACCUAAACAAUCUAGUUAUUGAGAUGGCAUUUCUUGUACAGGCUAACACAACGGAGGAGCUCCCUGAGUAUCUUCUGGGAACCUGUCGCCUUAAUCAUCUCGAUGCAUCGAAAGCAAUUCUAGUGACUCAAUGACAGUAUCCCAAAACUUGAAUGGAGAAGAAAAUAGAUAAUGAUAUAUUCAUCCCAAUUCAUCAUUACCCAUUGAAAGAGUGAAUUUAUCUCCCAAUACAUGAGACUCACCCCUAAACCUUUUAGGGGUAUGUCAUCACAUUUACAUAUAUAAAUAUAGAUUGACAUCAUAUAUAAUGAGGAUGAGCAUAUUGGUCAUUGGUCAUUCUUUUAUUCAUAUAUUGAAAAUUGGAAGCAAUUUACAGUGGCUGUGUAGAUAAAUAUCAUUGGGUUUGUGAUAUGUAGCAUAAUCAAGUUCAACCUUUGUAAAGAUUACAUUUUUCAAAUUCCACUAGUGUUUUUACCUUUUUUCCAAA